AUGUCUUCAAAAAGUGUUAUCCGGAGUCAGCAGCAGCAUAAGGUGUUUAUUGCUAGCUCAGAUGAGUCCAAGAUAUGCGUGGUCAUGGUUGGCCUCCCAGCGCGGGGCAAGAGUCUCAUAGCUGGAAAGGCCAUGCGAUAUCUGGCCUGGGUGGGCAUCCCGGCUCGUGUGUUCAAUGUCGGCAGCUACCGGCGCCAUAACACUCCCCAGCCACAAGCGACCUUCUUUGACCCUCACAAUGCCGAGGGUGAGCGCAUGCGUCGGGCGGCCGCCGAGGCCGCCAUGACCGACAUGCUAGCUUGGUUCCAAGCGGGCAAGGGUGUAGUCGCUAUUUUAGAUGCUACCAAUUCCACCAAGGAGCGCCGCAAGUGGAUUCACGAGCAAUGUACUGCUGCCGAUAUUGAAACUCUCUUUGUCGAGUCGAUUUGUGACGAUGAAGAUCUCAUCAUGAACAAUAUUCUGGAGGUGAAGACAACCUCUCCGGAUUAUAAGGGUCAGGACCCUGAGCUGGCCGCCUUGGAUUUCCGGAACCGCAUUGUCAACUAUGAAAAGGUCUAUGAGACAAUCGACGAUGGCGAAAAACAGUACACUUAUGUCAAACUCAUCAAUGUUGGAUCGACCGUUAUCAUCAACCAGAUCAAGGAUUACUUGUCCAGUCGUUUGGUAUAUUACAUUCAAAACCUGCACAUCAAGCCACGAUCGAUCUGGCUGUCUCGACACGGCGAAUCGGAAUAUAAUCUUACUGGCCGCAUCGGAGGUGACUCCAAUAUCUCAGAGCGCGGUGAAGCAUACGCCCGUGCUCUCCCCGAGCUACUGCGCAAGUCUGGAAUUCCCGAGAAUACCAAAAUCGUCAUCUGGACCUCAACUCUCCGUCGCACCAUCCAAUCAGCCCGGCAUCUGAAAGCCGAGACUGGCUUCGAGAAACUAGAAUGGAAAGCGCUAGACGAGCUGGACUCCGGCGUCUGCGACGGCCUCACCUAUGAAGAAAUUGCCGAAAAAUACCCCGAAGAUUUUGCCGCUCGCGACGAAGACAAAUACAACUACCGUUACCGUGGCGGCGAAUCCUAUCGCGACGUCGUCAUUCGCCUGGAGCCCAUCAUCAUGGAGCUUGAGCGCAGUGAGAAUGUCAUUAUCGUUACGCAUCAGGCUGUAUUGCGUUGUAUCUAUUCAUACUUUAUGAAUGUACCGCAGGAGAAGAGUCCAUGGAUGGAGGUUCCCCUGCAUACAUUGAUCAAGCUUACGCCCCGUGCGUACGGCACAGAAGAACAACGCUUCAAGGCAGGUAUAUCUGCCGUCUCUACUUGGCGUGGGAAAGGAAGUUCAGCGAAACACCAGGACUUCCCAGCGGAUGAACACGUACAGAAAUAG